AGGCAGAGCCUCCGGGACGCGAGCAUUGCGUGUCCUCCCGGCGUCCGGACGCUGGAUCAGCGCCCCGCCGGAUCACGGUUCGUUUCGUCACGGGAGUGUGCUUUGGUUCUCAAACUCUUUGGGCAUCGGGGACCCGGGUGCGGGGCUGGCUGGAGUGGCGGACCUCACUGGCCCAGGGCAGGGAUGCUGCCCAGCAGCAGGCAAAAUGAAGGAUCGGCUUGCAGAGCUUCAGGAAUUGUCCAGGAGCUAUGACCAGCAAUUCCCAGAUGGGGACGAUGACUUUGACGCUCCCCAGGAGGACAUCGUGUUCGAGACCGACCACAUCCUGGAGUCCUUGUACCGGGUCAUCCAGGACAUCCAGGAUGAAAACCAACUGCUUCUGAUCGACGUGAGGCGCCUGGGGAGGCAGAACGUUCGCUUCCUCACCUCCAUGAGGCGCCUCAGUAGCAUUAAGCGAGACACCAACUCCAUCGCCAAGGCCAUCAAGACCCGGGGCGAGGGCAUCCACCAGAAGCUGCGCUCCAUGAAGGAGAUGAGCGAACAGGCAGAGGCUCAGCACGGCGCGCACUCGGCGGUGGCACGCAUCUCACACGCACAGUACAGCGCGCUGGCCCGCGCCUUCCAGCAGGCCAUGUAUGAGUAUAACCAGGCCGAGAUGAAACAACGCGACAACUGCAAGAUCCGCAUCCAGCGGCAGCUGGAGAUCAUGGGCAAAGACGUGUCGGGCGAGCAGAUCGAGGACAUGUUCGAGCAGGGCAAGUGGGAUGUAUUCUCCGAGAACCUGCUGGCGGACGUGAAGGGCGCGCGGGCGGCGCUCAACGAGAUCGAGAGCCGCCACCGCGAGCUCCUGCGCCUGGAGGGUCGCAUUCGCGACGUGCAUGAGCUCUUCCUGCAGAUGGCAGUGCUGGUGGAGAAGCAGGCGGACACGCUGAACGUCAUCGAGCUCAACGUGCAGAAGACCCUCGACUACACCGGCGAGGCCAAGGCGCAGGUGCGCAAGGCGGUGCAGUACAAGAAGAAGAACCCCUGCAGGACCAUCUGCUGCUUCUGCUGCCCCUGCGUCAACUAGCAGCUGGCUUGGGCCUCCACUGCACAUGCCUGGACAUGGGAAAGUGCACAUGCCAGCCAAAGGCAUCCUGCACUAGGCUGAGGGAGAGGGCCCCAGUGCCUUGCAGAAUUCGGAGCAUAGUAGGGGGUUGGAAUGCAAGAUAUGGAACCCGGCACCUGCCUACAAGGUUGCUAGCGUCCAAUGGCUCCUUAGUGUAGGCAGAUUUCCACUGGUGUUGUGUGAUGUCAUUAUAAAGUACAUAGCACUCAGCAUCACGGGGAGGAACUAAUGUCACUGCCAAGACCAGUGUCUUGAAGUCUAAAGGUAAAAAAGCCAAGCGAGCAUAUGUUAAUAGUAGGAGCACAUUAUCAAAAAUUGCCUUCGUUUAUCCCCUCUGGAAAGUUCCUUGGUGCUAUUCGAUUUUGAGUGACAUUCACUUCAGUAUUCCUUAGUUCUGUUGAAUUUCGAGUAACUUUGACCUUGGGUGAACUGGGCGCCAAUUACUUCUGAUUGGCGGUCUAUUUAUGUUGUGCGGGUGCUGUGGGAACACCUUCCCGGGGCUGGCUUCUCCUCUGCAUCAACCUGCACCGGACACUGGCUCCUUGUUUCUCUCACCUUUUAUAGUGUGUAGCAGUUUAUAUAUGAAUAUUUUUCAAGCACCCAAUAUUGAACAAAACACUCAAGUUGAACUUUGUACUGGUCACAGUUUAUGGGUUUUUUUUUUUUCCCACAGAUAACAUUUAUUUAAAAUUUAUCUUCGUACUUCAUUCCGUACGGAUAUGUGUGUAAAUGUAAACUAAUCUUCCCUUGCACGUGUACAUGAAUGGCCAAUUGGAUUGACUUUGCUUUUGGAGAUUCUGUAUAUAAACAAGAGCGGUUUUUUUGUUUGUUUUUGUUUUGUUUUUUGGUGCGUGUCAGUGUUAGCUUGAUGGUUUGAUGGUCCCGAGUGUAUUUCAUUCCUGUCUGCACAGUCCAGUUUAGGUCUAACUUUAUUCUGAACAUCUGUGUACUGUCAUUAAUAAAGACAAGGGAGGAAGGUUGGAAACCUGUGAAAGAAGCGUCUAGAGACACUUAAAGGAGCUUCUUGGAAACAGCACCUUACUUUACCUUACUUCCAGCCUUUCCUUCCUACAUUAAAUCGGAGAGGCUUAGAGUCAUGUUCUUCUAAGUUUAAUAAGCAUGACAAUACAACUCUCUCCUUUUUAUAUUUAUUUCUUGACCCAUUGAAGCUAAAUUGAUUGUCCUUUUCAAUUAUUGUUAAAAACUUUCUCACAUAUAACUAUAAUGUCUGCAUGUGUCUUAGUCACGGUUCUCUAGAGUCACAGGGUAAUCUCUGUGUAGUAGGAGAAUUGGUUGAGGACUUCCAGUCAUCAGCAAUCAGCAGCAGCUGGAAGUCCAAGGAUCUAGCGGUGGCUCCGUCCCACGGAGGCAGGCAGGCAGGCAAGAAAGAGAGACUCUUCCUUCUUCCAAUGUCCUUAUGUAGGUCUCCAGCAGAAGGUGUGUCCCAGAUUAAAGGCGCGUACCACCACGCCUGGGUCUGAGACUUGCUUUGUCCCAGGUGACCUUGAACUCAGAGAUCUCCUUGACUUUAGCUCCUGGGAUUCAUAGCCACUUGGCCUCAAGAUCUCCAUACCAAGACCCAGGGCAGAAACUCGUAUCUCCCAGCCUCAAGAUCAGGAUCAAAGGUGAGCCUUCCAGUUCUGGAUUGUAGUUCGUUCCAGAUGUAGUCAAGUUGACAACAAGGAAUAGCCACUUCAGCAUGGAACCCUAAACAAAGGAUAAUUUCAAGGAAUUUCCAUCAGGGUGGCCCCAAGUUACUGUAGUUUUUACAGUCAUUUAGAAACUGAUGAGGUUUUAAAGAUUUGCUUUUACUUGAAGAUGUUCAAGACCACGUUCCAGUGGUAGUUAGCACUGUGUGUCUUCCAAAUCCAUUCUAUACCGCUGUUUUUUUGUUUUUUUAACGCUUGAUGAUUUUACUGGAAAGUCCUAUAUCCUGAGUUCAUAAGAAGGUGAAAGAGGAACAGGAACUCUUUGGGGCCCGUUGAUCUUAUGAGAGAGAAAAACCAGCCCCGUGCAUAGUUUUGUUUCUCAUGGUUGGAUACGAACUGCACAGGUGGAGUCCCAUCAGGCUCUCCUCAAACUUUGCCCACUUCCUUUAUCACCUAACUACUUCGAUCUUCUCCUUUCACUAAGAGAGAGAGGAAAGUUUCCUCAUGGCCCCAAUGACCUAGUUUUCAUUGUAGAGAAGAGUCUGUCUGUGGAGACUAGCUAUUUUCUGCAAGAGGGAACAGUCUGCAAAUUUAACUUAUAUGAACUCUGGAAGAAACCUUCUUUCUUUUAGAACCAUUGCGAAAAUAAACGACUUUCUGUGUCUGCAUAUUUUUUUCUCGAGACACAGUCUCACUAUAUAGCUCCAGCUGACUUGGUAUUCACCAUAUAGACCAGACUUCUCUUAAACUCACAGGCCUGUCUCAGCCUCCUGAGAGCUGAGAUUAAAGUCGUGUGCCACAAGACCAGGUCAGAACACUUUUGUCCUAGGUAAUCCUAAUGAUGAAUCUGUGUUAACAAUUCUACCCUGCUUGCUUCUAUUAGACUGUUCUUCUGUCCUGACAGGUCCUGUCCUGUUCUGUUUUGUUUUGUUCUAUUCUAUUCUGAUGGGUUCUGUUCCCACGCUAUUCUACUCCAUUCCACUGCUAUUCUAUUCUGUUCUGUUCUACCCUACUCUGCUCUGCUCUGGUAUGACCACAAAAAUUAAUGAAGCACAGUUUGCAAGGGCUUGUUCCCGAUUCCUCCCAAGACAUGAAUUAUAAGCUCCUUGGGCCAUUCUGGAAAGUCAUCCAGGCUGGAACACCGACUUCAGGGGAAAGCAUCAAUUACCUAGAACCUAUGGUAGCAAAGAGAACUGACUCCACACGUUGUCUACACACACACACACACACACACACACACACACACACACACACACACACACAGCCUUCUGUCUUUAGGUUACAUGCAUUCUGAUAUUCUGCUUUUCUUCCUCCCUCUUCCUUCCAUUAAGAUCUUUUUAUCCUCUUCUAUUUAUUUACUUAUGAAACACACACACACACACACACACACACACAGAGGAUUUAAAUAUGGAUUCCGAAUAUAAGAGAAACCGUAUGGUGUUUGUCUUGCUGAGUCUGGCUUAUUUGAGGUUGGUUUGUUUGUUUUUGACACAGAGUCUCUCUGUGUGGCCCUGAAUGUCCUCAAACUCACCAUGUAGACCUGCCUGGCCUUCAAUUCACAAAGAUGUGCUUGCCUCUGCUUUGUGAGUUCUGGCCUGAGUCUGGCUUAUUUCUUUAGCAUAUCAAUCUCUGCUGUCACCCAUUUUCCAAAACUGUCACUGGUUUCAUUUUCUUCAUGACCAAAUAAAAUUCCAUUGUGUGUGUG